UAUAGGAAUCAAGAGCAAUCAACGUGAGCCCCCAGCUUGAGAGCGAGGAAGAACUUCUGUCCUGAGGAGUGUGGGACCGCGGACUGGCAAAGCCAACAUUUACGUGGAAUUUCUGGGGUUGCUGACAACAUGCAAAUCCUGAUGUCACCUGCCAGAAGCUGUUGUGCCCUGGCCAUCCUGCUGGCAAUUGUGGACUUCCAAUAUGGUGGGUGCAUCCAUGUUACCAGCUCAGCAUCCCAGAGAGGAGGGCAACUGGACUUCACCUGUACUCUGUGGCACAAGAAGGGUGAAGCGGAGGGACUAGUGCUCUUCUGGUGCAAAGACAGGUCUUGGGACUGCUCGCCCGAGACCAGCUUAGAACAGCUACGGGUUAAAAGGGAUCCUGGGACAGAUGGCGUCACUGAAGAGUCAUCUCAGUUGGUGUUCACCGUAGAACAAGCCACACCAUCCGACAGUGGGACCUACCAGUGCUGUGCCAGAAGCCAGAGGCCAGAAAUCCACAUCCAUGGUCAUUUUUUCUCUGUUCUAGUCACAGGGAACCACACCGAGAUAUGGCAGAGACAGAAGCAGCACCCUGGCUUCAGCCAUGCUGACAGCGCUCUCAGUUCAGGCUUCCCGCAAGCAAAGACCUGGGGAGUGAUGGGCACCAGCCUGGUGGCCCUUCAAGGUACGUCCAGAGGAGACUGCAGCGCUCCAACCUACGAGUCUGUAUCCUUGCAAGGUUAAUUAUUUCCUAGAAGGGAAAGUCCAGAAAGGAAGCUCAGAAGAAGGGACAGAUGCUCUCCAAGCCCUGGCUAUCUACAGAAAAGUACAAACCAGUAUGUGGGCGAAAGUGGUCUGAAGGUACUCAAGUCUCCUAAUUCUGCAUCUCCAUGGAGACAGACGAAUGGGACGGUCCUCUGGGUAAGAGGCCUGUCCUCUUAGGAAAGGCUGUAGGAGAUGAACACAGCACUCCAGUUCAGGCGAUAGGUCUCUAUUACACAAAGCUGAACAAGGCAGGAGACAGGGUCAGGCUGAGGUGGCGUUUGAACACAGCUGCUCCACAAAGCUGAGGACCAUACUGAGUAUUGAAAGACUGGGACAUUUAACAAUUUGUCACUAGGCUUUUGCAUAACAAAUAACGGAUGCAGGUCUCUGUCCUUGGCAGUCAAAGGCCAGCUUCCGUGUGUGUGUGUGUGUGUGUGUGUGUGUGUGUGUGUGUG